GGGUGUCCAAACUACGGCCCUCGGGCCAACUGCGGCCCGCCAUCCAUUUUUAAUUGGCCCGUAUCAAAGUCUAAAAAUAUAAUGGACUAUGGCCCACUAUAUUACACUUCUUAGUUUAAAAACUAGGUGGCGCUAUUGUCUUGAACACGGCAGCGUCUCCACAAAGCAAGCAAUCGAAGAAAAAAAUGCUCAGGGUCACCAGAAAUGCCGGAACCGAAGAGACGCAAGAUUGCAAGCGAGUGCAGAAAAUUUCAGACUCGGUGGAAAAAAUGAAUAUUUUUUCAUAGAAACCAAGGGGAAGUGUGUUUGUGUGAUUUGUAAUGAGAGUGUUGCCGUGAUGAAAGAGUACAAUGUACGACGGCAUUAUGAAACGAAACAGCAGACCUUCACGUCCUACACUGGCGCCGAGCGGAGAGAGAAGGUAAAGCAAAUGGCAGCUAGCCUGCUAACGCAGCAGCAGGUUUUUUUCCGUGCACACAAAGCUCAAGAAAAUGCAACAAUAAGCAGUUAUGAAGUAGCUCAACUCAUUGUCCUACACGGAAAACCUUUCUCAGACGGUGACUUCAUCAAACAGUGUCUCACUAAAGUCGUGGGAAUAAUGUGCCCGGAGAAAAUGCAGGAUUUCAACGAUGUUAGUAUGUCCAGAAAUACGGUUGUGCGGCGAAUUGAAGACUUGUCGGCUAACUUAAAACAGCAAGUGUCAGAUAAAGCUUGUGCUUUCGAUUUUUACUCGAUUGCAUGUGAUGAGAGCACAGAUGCCAUGGACACUGCACCGCUGUUAAUUUUUUUGCGGGGAGUUGAUGAUCAUUUUUGCAUUACGGAGGAACUGCUCGAUCUUCGGAGUCUAAAGGGGACAACAACUGGGAAGGACAUGUUUGAAGCUGUGUCAGAUGCAAUUGACCAGGCUGGACUUAAAUGGGACAAGCUGUGUGAAAUUACAACGGAUGGGGCUCCAGCAAUGACAGGCGAGCGCAAAGGAAUGGCCUCUAUGGUGAGUGCCAAGGUGCAGGAGAGCGGAGGUGAGGCUGUCAAAAUGCACUGUGUCAUCCACCAAGAAGCCCUCUGUGCCAAGAUAAUCCAGCUUGGCGAUGUGAUGAACACAGUUGUGAAAACUGUCAACAUAAUUCGGCCACGAGGGCUUUACCACAGAUAAUUUCAAGCGUUCCUCUCUGAUGUCGAUGCUGAAUAUGGGGACCUUCUCUAUCAUUCUGAAGUGCUUCUGACUCAGUCGCGGCUCCGUGCUGCAGUGGUUUUAUUCCCUGAGAUCAAAUAUCGACAAGUUUUUGAAAGAAAAGGGCAGACCUCUCCAUGAGAUCAGUGACCCUUUAUGGUUGGCAGACCUGGCUUUUUUAGUUGAUCUCACUGAUCAUCUCAACACCCUGAACAAGAGACUAUAAAGCAAAGAGCAGCUGGUACCACAGCUGUAUGCGCACACGAAAGCAUUCCGUGCGAAGCUCCGUCUCUUCGAGUCACAACUGCGCAACUUCAAUAUAGCGCACUUCCCCACGCUGACCAAAAUCAAAUGCGCAUUUCCAAAUGCCAAGCUCUCUGCAAAAAUGGGAGAAUAUGUGUCUGUGAUCACAUCUCUCAUGACAAAAUUCAGUCAGCACUUUCAAGAUUUUUCUGUCAUUGAGAAGGAAAUCACACUGUUUGCGGCUCCAUUUUCAAUGGAGGCAGAAGAAGUGGAGGAGAGUCUGCAAUUAGAACUGAUCGAAAUUCAGUGUGAUCAUUCUAGGAAGAAUCAGCAUCAGCUUCUCUCUCUACCUGACUUCUACCGGAGCUUGGAAAAGGCCAAGUUUCCUCUGAUGAGACGCCACGCAAAACGAAUGAUAAGUCUCUUCGGCUCAACAUGCAUCUGUGAGCAGACAUUCUCUCUAGUAACGCUGAACAAAAGCAGACUGAGAACCAGAACGACCGACAGCCAUCUCCGUGACGUCCUUCGCAUCUCAACCACCAAACUUACUCCUGACCUGCCAGCUAUCCUUCAGACCAAAGCGCAGCAUCAUUGCUCCCACUGAGUGCAACAUUCUUCCCAUUACAGGACAAUGAAGGGGGAUCAGCACCCUAAGAACCAAUCUGAGGCUGUCACUGAGAGAAUGAC